AUGCAAUGGCAAGUUCGGAAUCUUGCGGCUCUUGACUUGUGCCACGCGACUGGCCAAGGCUGGGUAAACCGUGUAGAGUCUCUGCUGGCUUCAGGAGUUGAUCCAAAUGCAAGGUUUGAUGACUCAGAGUCCGUAAUUUCUGCCCUGGCAGACGAUGAGGUCCAUGAUGUGAAAUAUACGUUGCCUCCUCAUGUCGAUUUCCAGGCCACUGAAAUGCCGGCCCUACGCCGAGCUGCUCGGGACGCCUGGGUCCAGACCCCUGAGAUGUGCGAUUUACCCAAAACCGCGCAUCUCAUGACGACUUUGCUCAAACAUGGUGCCGAUCCAUACGCAUUAUUUCGUCAGCCCAUCUUCAGCUAUAAGAUUUUCCUUGUAUUCCCAGGGGACACUGGAGAUCCAGGAUAUGACGAUGAUGAGUCAGACCUCAACGCUAUGCGAUGGUCUCGUUUGGGUAUCAUCGAAGAGACGCUUCAUGAGGAGUAUGAGCGACUUGGACUACUGAAGCAAAUAAAUUUUGGAUUCGCCUGCCGCUUCUCGGACAUGGUCAACUACAAGGCUCGUUUCUCGCACAAAUAUGGGGCAUGUAGUGAUAUGCACUCUUUCUCGAGGACGGUGCAUUCAUUCAGCCUGUCCUCGAAUUUAUCGGAGAUGACCUAG